GCUCCUGCGGGCGGAAGCCUCCUGGCGCUCGGCCCUGCGCCCCUCCCCCCGGCGCGCGGCCCCGCCCAGGACGAGGGGCGGUGGGCACGCAGCGCUGGGUCCAGUGGUCGGGAGAAGGCGAGGAUUACCCUCCCGCAGGAGUUGUCUGCGACUCGGCGGAGGCUCCAACUUCCAGUGGCCCGGUCGGGAAAGAUCUGCCUCUUUCUGUACCACCCAGAUCAGAGCCUCCUAAGAAAUAUCCAGAAGUCAAGCCAUGGAUCCACCUGCACGUAAAGAAAAAACCAAAGUUAAAGAAUCUGUCAGCAGAGUUGAGAAGGCCAAACAGAAAUCAGCCCAGCAGGAGCUGAAGCAGAGACAAAGAGCAGAGAUCUAUGCCCUCAACAGAGUCAUGACAGAACUGGAACAGCAGCAAUUUGAUGAGUUCUGUAAACAGAUGCAGCCUCCUGGAGAAUGAGGCCCCAGGUUCAAACCAGAUGGGAUCCUGAGAGCUUUGAGAGGGUGUUGCCAGUUUUAAGCUGAGAUGGCCCAUUUGGAGCCUUACAGAACUAGACCAGAAGACAUUUGUGGAUAAAUCUGAACUCACUUCCUGUGUGUAACUUCUAACUUCACUGGUUCCUCCCAUCUGAAUUGGCCACAUGCUUGCUGAAGAGACUUGUUUUCUUCUUCUAAGACAGUGGUUUUGUUUUUUGGGUUUAAAAAAAAAAAAACACACACACACACAAAAAAACACUUUUGUUGGAGAAAAAUCAGUGUUUCUUAUGAAACUCUAUAUCUUCUCCAAAAAUACAAAUAAAAUACUAAUAAAAUGUUCAUUUGCUCAUACUUUAGCAAGUGCCUAGCCAUAGAAAAUGGAGUACAAAGUAAUGUGAUAGGUAAGAAAAGUUGAGGUGAGCAGAAGGCACCCUCUCUCCUUCAGGAGCUUGGCAGAGAGGAGAGAAAGAACAUGACUGCUUCCGGUUUUCAUUCUUCCUGGGGCUAAAACUUUGCAGACCUUGCUGAUCUCUAGUUUGUAGGCACACAGAUAGAAAUAUGUGACCCCUUUACUCCCAGAUGAGUCACUAGUCAGGGUUAGAGGCCUGAAGCUAGGAUUCCCUCACCGGUGAUGUGGAGAGCUAGCAGCAGGCUUGCAUCAACAGCAAGAGGGGAGUGCAGGUGCUUUUUGUUUUUUGUUUUGGUGGCUGCCUUAUCAGACCUAGAAAUGGAUUUAUGGUGGAAAUAUUCAGACGUCCCUCAGAAACCAGCCACCAGCCCUCCGCCAUUCAACAGCCAUUUUUAGGUGUAGAAAUGUAAGGUUGUUUCUGCUGCUGACAUUUGUAUCAAGAAUGGUAGUUCAUACCUGAAUGCUUAGCUGUAGAGUUAUUUUAAUGCUGAGCAAAAGAAGAGAUUGUUCUUCCAGGAUAUUUCAUUUCCAGAAAUUCCUUGGGAGUAGGGGGAGGAGGACUUAAGAGAGCUGAAAAAAUGCCACUCAGAUGGGGCAAAGAGCCAGACACUGCCACCUGCUUUCCUCUAAGCUGGAAAUGCUGGAAACACCUCAAGCUGUCCCUGUCUCCUCUGUCUCCCUGCUGCCUCUGAAGUCACUGAGAAUACUUUUCCAUUGCUCUGGCAUAUUUUAGGAGUAAACUGGGGAGUUAAUGGGAUGUUAAACAUUAUACCAUUGUGGAGAAUGUGUUUUUAGAGCCCAAGUUAUAAUUAAGGAUAAUCUCUACAUAGAUUAUCUCCACAAAUGGUAAUUAGGUUCUGUAGCAUCCUGCUAAAUUUGGUUGAAUGGAAUUUUGUGUUUUCAGAGAAGUAGGGGGUUGGAGGGAGCUGUCCCUAUAAACAUACAGAAAUACUGUCAUAUGCUAAAAAGAGCAGUUUUGGAGCCAAAUGACCUAGGGUACCCAACUACCAGUUAUCCUCUCUGAACUGCACUUUUCCUAUCUACAUAAUGGAAUGGUAUUUUCUUCCUCUCAGGAGUGUUGUUGAGAAAUAAUGUAUGUAAUAGAUACUCAGUGUCUUAGUUCACUUUGUGCUGUUAUAACAAAACCUCAGAUUGGGUUUGGUUUUUGUGGGUUGGUUGGUUGGUUUUUUGAGACAGGGUCUGGCUCUGUUGCCCAGGCUAGAGUGCAGUGGCACGAUCUCGACUCAUUGCAACCUUUGCACCUUUGCUUUCUGGCUCAAGCCAUCCUCCAACCUCAGCCUCCUGGGUAGCUGGGACCACAGGCUUGCACCACCACACCUGCUAAUUUUGUAUUUUUUUGUAGAGACAGGGUCUGACUUUGUUGCCCAGGCUGGUCUCAAACUCCUAGCUCAAGUGAUCCACCCGCCUCAGCCUCGCAAAGUACUGGGAUUACAGGGAUGAGCCAACAUACCUGGCCUAGAUUGGGUAAUUUAUGAAGAACAGAGAUCAGUUUCUUACAGUUCUGGAAGCUGGGAUGUCCAAAGUGGAGGGGCCCACAUCUGCUGAGGGCCAUCUUGCUACAUUAUCCUGUGGCUGAAGGUGAAAAGGCAAGGGAGGAAGAAGGAGGCCAAACUUCAGCCUUUUAUUAGGAACCAUUCCCAAGAUAACUAGCCUACUCCAGCAAUAACAGACAGCAUUAAUCAUUCAUGAUGGCAGAGCCCUCAUAACCUAAUCAUCUCUUAAAGUUUCCACCUCUUAACACUGUUGCAUUGGGGAUUAUUUCUAACACACGAACUUUGGGGGACAUAUUCAAACCAUAGCACUCAGAAAAUGUUACUUCCCUUCCCAGCCACCUUUCAGAUUGUUUCAUGGGAAAUGUUUUCAGAUUUCACAUAACCAGGAAAGACAUGAUCAUUGUCUGGAAAGAUUCUUAGUUGGGAACUGCUUGUAUUAACAUCUCUCAGCCUUGGGUAUAUUCUUGUCGUGGAGAAACACUCUAGUAGGGCACAAGUGGUUGUAAAAUCAGUUUAGUAAAUUAUGACCAGCUUUUCUUUUUAAUGAAAUAACAAAUUAGAAAAUACCACAUGUGGGGCCGGGCUCAGUGGCUCACGCCUGUAAUCCCAGCAUGUUGGGAGGCCGAGGCGGGUGGAUCACGAGGUCAGGAAAUCAGGACCAUUCUGGCUAACGGUGAAACCCGGUCUCUACUAAAAAUACAAAAAAAAAAUUAGGCGUGGUAGCGGACGCCUGUAGUCCUAGCUACUCAGGAGUAUUGGGAACAAGCCCCCCAAAAUCUGGCCAUAAACUGGCCCCAAAACUGGCCACAAACAAAAUCUCUGCAGCACUGUGACAUGUUAUGAUGGUCACAACACCCACGCUGGAAGGUUGUGGAUUUACUGGAAUGAGGGCAAGGAACACCUGGCCCGUCCAGGGUGGAAAACCGCUUAAAGGCAUUCUUAACCCACAAACAAUAGCAUGAGCGAUCUGUGCCUUAAGGACAUGCUCCUGCUGCAGUUAACUAGCCCAACCUAUUCCUUUAAUUUGGCCCAUCCCUUCAUUUCCCAUAAGGGAUACUUUUAGUUAAUUUAAUAUCUAUAGAAACAAUGCUAAUGACUGGCUUGCUGUUAAUAAAUAUGUGGGUAAAUCUCUGUUCGAGGCUGUCAGCGCUGAAGGCUGUGAGACCCCUGAUUUCCCACUUAACACCUGUA